GAGGCCACGUAGCGAAAAUGACAGGGCGAUCCCAAUUGCAAUAAUGCUACGAGAUCAACUACUGCGAUCUCACUAGCUUCUCGUAAGCUCCGCCUUCUCUAUAAUAGACCAUAAGAGUUGUUGCGUUGGGAACUUUGUGCGGGGGCGUCUGCUUGUGUUGCUUUUGUGGGAGGAGAAAGAUGGGCAAGUCUGGUCACUUGGCGAUGAGGACGGACCGAGUAGCGAGCGAUUCGAUAGCUUCGGAUCUGAAAGAGAUGGGGGACGCCGCCAAGAAGCUCGCGAAUCAUGCGAUCGAGAUGGUGAGCUCCGGACUGGGGACUACCAUUCUCGAGUGGGUCGCUUCUUUUGCCGCCAUCUACUUGCUGGUCUUGGAUCGGACGCACUGGAGGACGAACAUGCUCACGUCCCUGUUGAUCCCCUACAUCUUGACCCUCCCUUCGUGGCUGUUCACCAUACUCAGGGGAGAGAUCGGCAAGUGGAUCGCUUUCGUCGCCGUCGUCCUCCGCCUUUUCUUUCCCCGGCACUUCCCAGAUUGGCUGGAGAUGCCCGGCGCUCUGAUUCUCCUGAUAGUGGUGGCCCCGAGCCUGUUCGCCAGCACCGUAAAGGGGGACUGGAUUGGGGUGGUGAUCUGCCUUGCCAUCGCGUGUUACUUGCUGCAGGAGCACAUCCGGGCUGCUGGCGGGUUCCGCAACGCGUUCACGAAAGCCAACGGCAUCUCCAACACCGUCGGGCUGAUCAUCUUGUUCGUCUACCCGGCGUACGCACUGGUGCUCGACAUACUGUAGAUUGAAUUUUUUUUAGUCCGCCCGAUCCCACCGUGGUGGUUGCCGACUCGUGUUGCUCUUUUGAUGUCAUUUUCCAAAGUGCCUCGUUUGACCACUGUUCA